UGGACUUCGGGGUUUUUAAACCGCCUUUAGAAGUUGGAGAAGAGACGAACCAGCAGCAAGGGAUUUUUUCAGCUCUGCGAAAUCGAUCAUCAAACAGGAACAAUGGUAUCCAAGUUAAUAAAUGCAAAUCCAGUCAUCUAUGAAAAGAAAGAGAGGCGGGUUCGUAGUAUUCCAAGUGUUGCAGACGAAUAUGCUGUGGAACCAAUUGACCAAGAAGAGAUUUUUGAUCAUAUUAGAGAUAUUAAAGACCCGGAACACCCAUACUCUUUGGAAGAGCUAAAAGUAAUUUCAGAAGAUGCAAUUGAGGUGGAUGAUGGCCGUGGUCAUGUUAGGGUCACAUUUACACCCACUGUUGAACAUUGCAGUAUGGCAACAGUUAUUGGUCUUUGCUUACGUGUUAAACUAUUAAGGAGCCUGCCUUCUCGAUUCAAGGUCGACAUUAGGGUGGCACCUGGAUCUCAUGCGACUGAAGCAGCAGUUAAUAAGCAACUGAAUGAUAAAGAGCGGGUAGCAGCAGCACUGGAAAACCCAAAUGUUGUGGAAAUGGUCGAUGAAUGCCUUACUCCUUCAUAUGAGUGAAUGAGUUGAUCAUAAGGUGUAAGCGUCGCAGCUUGAGAACAGCAUUUUACAUCAGUUCUGCCACAUUUUCAAACAGCUGCCUGGUCAUAGUUCUCUAUUUGGUUAGCAACCGCCGUGAGUAAUUCAUGUGGACUCCUCUCUUAUCUAGCGUCAUUGUACAAUUUUGUGAUUCUUUCUGGCCACUUCUUGUAUUAUUAUAGAUUCUAAAUGGCGAGCUAAAUAGAUGUCGUAUGACUAUAAAGGAUAGACAAGAAACAUAGAAUGAGCUGAAUGCUAGCAUAAUAGUUGGGGCGCCCCAUGAAAUUUUUGCAUUGCGGUACACGAGGCUCAGUGAGGGUGACUGGUGUUGAUGAUAUUAGAUGUUUUUUAUUUGUUUCCUUGUCUAGUAUUGCAAAGAUAUAUAUCUGUUGAACAUUGCCGUCCA